AUUAUAAUAAUAGUAGUCGUGUAGUAGUAGUCCAGUAGAGUAGAAGAAUUGUUAAGAACUGCAUUCACAUGUCGGUAGGUCACAUGCGGUCGGAUGGUGAGAGCCUGAGAGGGGGUGGCAGCACCAUGGCGCGCGCUUCACCGUCCGUCCCGACGCGUCGGUCGAGUACUCGAGUCGUCAGCGGUCGGUCAGCACUCGGCACCCGAUUCUUCCAAAGCCGCCACUUAUGUCCUCGCGAGCUUGGUUAAUAACGCCGCGUGAGCUGGGUGUGGGUGGGGAGUUUGUCAGCUGGGUGGCGCGAGCGUCAGGCGAUGGCGGAGGCGGAGGAGAAGGCGAGGGUCGUGGUGGUUGGCGGCGGCGUCGCCGGCUCCCUCCUCGCCAAGACUAUGCAGGGCCACGCCGACGUCGUCCUCCUCGACCCGAAAGACUACCUGGAGAUCCCCUGGGCUGAGCUGCGCUCCAUGGUCGAACCGUCCUUUGCUGAGAGAUCGUUGAUCUACCACAAAGAUUACCUCAGCGAUGCGACCAUCGUGACAUCUUCUGCGGUCAAUAUCACUGAACACGCGGUCCUUACUGCUGACGGCCACUCUCUUCCAUAUGAUUAUCUCAUCAUAGCGACUGGCCAUGCUUUGGCUUCUCCUGCCAGCAGAGCUGAGAGGAUAAAAGAAUUCCAGAGAGAUAAUGGGAAGAUAGAGUCGUCAGAAUCUGUGCUGAUAAUUGGGGGUGGUCCAACUGGUGUUGAACUGGCUGGAGAGAUUGUGGUAGACUACCCGGGGAAGAGGGUGACCCUUAUCCAUAGAGGACCGCGUUUACUCGAAUUCAUUGGAGAUAAGGCUUCAAAGAAGUGCCUUGAUUGGCUGACUUCAAAGAAAGUAGACGUGCUCCUUCAGCAAUCAGUUGAGUUGGGCUCAUUAUCAGACACAGAGAAGGUGUACAAGACAUCAGGCGGAGAAACAGUAACAGCUGAUUGCCACUUUGUAUGCAUUGGAAAGCCACUGAGUUCGUCGUGGCUACAUGAUACCAUCCUAAAGGAAUCCUUGGAUAGCAAGGGGAGAGUAAUGGUGGAAAAGGAUUUAAGAGUGAAAGGUUUUAAUAACAUUUUUGCGAUUGGUGACAUCACAGAUAUUCCUACUGAACUAGUAAUUAGUGCAUAUCAAUGUGGGCUGAUUACUAUCAGUUUCCCCAGCAGAACAAAUUGAAAAUUCGCACUUGGUGACUAUUGGCUCACUUAAAUGAGAUUCUACCAAAACUCUGCAAAGCGUGAGUACUCUCCAAUCUCUAUUAGUGCACGUCUUUGUAGAUGGAUACAUAGGCUUCCAUAGUUCAUUUCUUUUGCAUGUGACACGCUUCGUUAAAUGGUUACCCCUAAACCUCCUGCCAUUUUGUCAUCGUCCCCUUCGCACCCACGGAUGUAAUACUAAAUCAUCAUGACACAUUAACACUAACAUGACUUUUGUUCAACGGACACCACUGGUAUUUGAAAUUUGAAAAUCAUCGCCUAGCUACUCCAUUUACACCCAUGCCCUUCCGGCAUCUUGGCUGUUUGGUGUUAGAUAAUAGUAUAAAUGAUAAAUCUGCUGUGGUAACCAAUGUCUUGGCAGUUGCUACUAGAGUUCAUUUUUUUCUGUUACGUGAUAUGACAGUUCUCACUAUCAAACUAUAGGGGGUGUUUGGUUCCAAGGACUAAAGUUUAAUUAGUUCGUGUCCGAAUUGAAUGUCUAUUUACAAGUAUUAAAUGUAGUCCAAUUAUAAAACUAAUUACAUAGCUGAAGAUUAAAUGGCGAGAAAAAUUUAUUAAGCAUAAUUAAUCUAUGAUUAGCAAAUGUUUACUAGCAUCACAUAAGCAAAUUAUAGACUAAUUAAGUUUAAUAGAUUUAUCUUAUCGUUUAGUUGUCAUCUAUGUAAUUAGUUUUGUAAUUAGAUUAUAUUUAAUACUUCUAAAUAAUAUCUAAACAUUCUAUGUGACGGUGAACAAAAUUUAGUUGGUUCAACCAAACGGGGCCUAAAGGUGUUCCUUAUCCUCAAUUACGAUGCACUAGAUAAAGAUUUGUCUGUCUAGUGGAUACUGAUUACUGAUCAUUAAGAUUCGCGUUUCUUAAUUGUUUAUGCUGUCCAUGGAGCAUCCUUGGUUGAAAUAAAGAAAAGGGUCCCUGUAGAUCAUCAUUGAUCUUUAAUGUUGGAACUAGCAACGUAAAACACU